AUGGAAGCCACUGUCGGCUGGUGCAACUCCGGCUGCCGGAGUCAAUACAAGACCGGCCACUACCACGUGUUCAUCCACGUGAGUAUCAAUAUGGGUUUGAAAGGUGGGCCCAUUUGGAGAAUUUUGUGGGGGAAAAUCAAGAAAGAGAAGAUGAAGAAGAAGAAGAAAAGGAAGAAGAAAGUGCAUGGGGUUUUGAAUACGACGCAGUUUAGUUAUGAUCCGUGUGAGUAUGCACAAAAUUUUGAUCAGGGGUUGAUGGUGAAUGAUUUCGAUGAUCUUUCGAGAUCGUUUUCAGCUCGUUUUGCUGUCCCGUCUACAGUUUUCAACAAGGGAUUGACUGUUUGA